CAAGAAAUCUACAUCCAAAAAACCCACCUUGUUCUCUCUAUCUGACUGUCGAUGGCCUCGGCGGUAUUAGCUACUCAUAAUGAAUCGAACUGGGGCCAAACCGUCGUUGGAUUCAUGGCAAAGAUCCCUUAUUCUAACCAUUUGAACCCCAAUCCUAAUUCCAAGAAGAAGCAAUUCCAUCCUUACUCCAGUCAGGUUAGCAGCCAACGGGGGGACGACACCGAUUCGCAGGCUGUCAUGCAGACGACCUCAGAAGACGCUGCCCAUUCCUUUAACCAGAGGUCCAAAUAUUCCAACGUCCGUACGGACUUAAACAACCCUGCUGAGUACGUUAGGUAUGACAUCAGCUCUUAUUCUAGGACCGAGUUGGUGGACCUGAAGAAGCAACUGACGGUUGAGUUGGAACAAAUCAAGGGCUUAUAUGAGCGAAUAGAGUCCGGAUCAUUUAACCCUCGCCUAUCUCUUGAUGAGCCACAACAAUUUCCUGCUAAGAUUAAGAAACAUGUCGGUAAAAAGAGACCGAUGCCCUUCAAUUCCGUUAAAGAUCCAAAAAGGUUAUGCCAAAGGUCCUCCAAUGGGUUCGACCUUAACGACAUUGGAGAUCUAAUGAAGAAAUCCAGGCAGAUCUUGACAACGUUGAUGAAGCACAAGCAUAGUUGGGUUUUCAAGGAGCCCGUUGAUGCUUUGUCAUUGGGGCUUCAUGAUUAUCAUCAUAUAGUCAAGCAACCUAUGGAUCUUGGCACCGUGAAAGCAAAAUUCUCAAAGAAUGCUUAUUCGACACCCACGGACUUUGCGGAAGAUGUUAGAUUAACCUUCAAUAAUGCGAUAUUGUACAAUCCAAAAACAGAUAAAGUGCAUGCCUGGGCGGGGGAGUUGCUCGCCCGUUUUGAAGACUUGUUCCGGCCCAUAGAGGAAAAGAUGGGUGGUCUUCCCAUGGAAGAUCAUCAUCAUGCACCAAUUUCUUCUUCUGUAAACGAUGAUUUGCAGAGGAAUUUGUGGAAUCACAUCCCUACUCCAGAAAUUGAGAGGAUGAAGAAAUCUACACCACCAAAUUUGAUACCUCCAACAAUAUCAAAGAAACCACAAGAGAAGCCACAAAUGCCAAAGAAUAUGAUGAAGCCAUCAACAUCUAGUCAACCGUUUGUACAAUCUUCUCCUCCUCCUAAACAAGGAGGAGGACAACAACAACGAAUGUCUUCUCCUACUACUAAACAACAACAAAUGGCUUCGCCAAUUAUUGUACCGACUUUAAAGGGAGCAUUACCAAAAGCAAAUCCAGGGAAGUUGCCAAAGCCUAAAGCUAAAGAUAUGGAUAAAAGAGAAAUGAGUAUAGAAGAGAAGGAUAGAUUGAGCCUGGGGUUGCAGAAUUUACCUCAGGAGAAGAUGCCGCAGUUGAUACACAUCAUCAGGAAGCGUAAUUCUCAUCUUGCGCAGGUAGAGGAUGAGAUUGAGCUUGACAUUGAGACACUAGAUACUGAAACCCUUUGGGAGCUUGAUAGGUUUGUGACCAACUGGAAGAAGAUGGUGAGCAAGAAUAAGAGGCAAGCACUGAUGGCAAACAAUGUAAAUAUGGCUGUAGGAACAACGACAAAAACAGUGACGGGCUCAGCAUCUCUCUCGGCAGAGGAUAAUAUGGUGAGGGAAAUUGAAUAAUUUUGG